AUGGCCGGCACCAACUGCAAGGAUUGUGGCCGCUUCCGCCCAAAGGAUCCCACAUUGCCCUUCAUCACAUGCACGCGGAAAGCCGAGAAGAUCGAACGGACUCGACAGGAUGAUGAGGUCGUCCUCCCUUCAACCCCCCUGCUCCCCCUCCAACACCAGCGCCAAGACGAAACACUGAAAGAGGAGACCGAGACCGGCGACAUGGAGCAGUCAUUCUCCUCCAUCGCCUCUCUCUCAUCCGACCCCAUCCGCGAGCUGAUGAAGGAUAUGCUGGAACCC